AUGAAUGGGGCUGUGGAUAAACCAAAUGGUAAACAAACAAAUUCGUAUAAUUUGCAAUCCGACCAACUGUACUCAGUGCUUUGGUAUAAAGAUAAUGAUGAAUUUUACAAGUACGUGAACUCGGAUCAAAGCCAACACAUUUACGAAGUGGAGGGCAUCAACGUUUAUCCUCAUAAGCCUGAUAGUCAGAAGGUGAUACUACAGCAAGUAACUUUGGAUGCUACAGGAGUAUAUAAAUGCGAAGUUAGCGCUGAAGCUCCGCAAUUUGCUACAGCUCAUGGGCAAGCCUACAUGGAAGUUAUUGCUCCUCCAACUGAGGGCCCGACUAUCACAGGCGUGGAAAAUAUAUAUGCUACUGGUGAUAUUCUGGCUCUUAAUUGCACAAGUGGAAAAUCUUAUCCAGCAGCACAAAUCACGUGGUUUAUUAACGAUAUCAAGGUGAAAGCAGACUCUGAAAUGAUCAUCCGCCAUCGUGAUCUCUUAUCAACUGUAUCAAGUUUGCGACUUGAAGUGGGUCCACAUCAUUUAACUGUUGGAAGGAUUAACGUGAGAUGUGUAUCAAUAGUUAGAACGAGUGAACGAGCUACUGAACGUUUUGAGGACUUAAGAGAAACCAAUAUUUUAGUUCAAGGACGUACAAGUUUCAUCGGACCCUGUCUUCCACUCCUGAUAGCAAUGAUGAUACUACAUCAAACACUUGUGAUGAAUUGAAUCCUGAUGAAUAAAACAAAGGGUUCCAUUCUGUGUUCCAGGAGCCUUAACAAAGACAACGAAGGCUGUGAAGAUAGAGAAAGCAUGUGUAAAAAAUUGAAGGAGUGAUUACGACAUAUAUAUGGGAGAAUGUUUCGUGACCAAAGACAAUCAUGUUCCAAUAAUGAAAAAUUGUGAAAAAUUACUGAGGGAGUCAUUAAGAAAUUAAUUAUAAUCGUUAUUGUACAGAUGAGAAUGUAUGAUGCGUUUGAGUUAUUAAAGAUCAGCGAUUUUCCUCUAAGUUUCCACUUAUAUAUCUUUCACGUUGUUCUUUUAACGAUACAUAUAUAUUUACACACACACGUCCGGUUUUAUUACACUCGAGACGUAAAUCGAGUAAUAAAUUGUUAUGAGCACAAUACUACUAUUAUUUCAACAGCUUAAUGAAUAUUUACAAAGAUAGGAGAUACAGUGGAGUUCAACAUUGGAGGAUCUUUUCAAGAAAAUGGAAAUUUUUCAUCAUUAUUACUUUUAUUUCUGCUCCAUAAUCGUAUUUUAAUGAACCAGGAUACCAACUACAAGUAAUUGUCCAAUUUUGUUCUUAUUAUUUUCAACAAUACAAGACUUUAAUAACAAAAAAUGUAAUUACCUUCGAAUUUCUUUGGUUAUUUUACCAAAAUUAUUAUUUUUUCUGUUUAAAAAACGACUGCUGAUAAGAUCACAAAUAAAAUUUGUAUCCCUCAGUUACAUGUCAGAUGCUCUACUGUUUGGGCUUUCCCAUGCUUCUCUUUUUUUUCAUUUACACAUUUUACUAUGUGAUAAUUUUACAAAAGAGAUCAAUACUUUGUAAAGUCAAUAAUGAAACUAAAUUGAGAGGUAGAAAUUAAUGUUAGUUGUGUACAUAAAUUUUCUAAAAAAUAUUUUUCAAAAUUUUAUUCUUUUAAACUGAAUCAGUAGAAACAACUGUGAAUGAACGAUUGAACUGGUGCUGACAAUCAGUAAAUAGUUAGUGAUUUGAAUCAGGGGUGAUCACAGUGGUUUUUACUGAUUUAAUUUGAGAGAGUAGAAACAUUUGUUCGGUCAAAAUCCAUUGGGAAUGAUUUUGUGUGUUUUUUUCAGAAUUUAUACACAAUAAACAAAUAGUAAAAAUUGAUAAUUAAAAUCUAAAUCAACAUUUUCUACAGUGGAGAUUAUCAUCCCAAAGAUGUUUCCUGGCUCAUAAACAAAUGGUAGGGGGCUGGAGGUAAAAUAAAGAAUGUUACACUUAAUAAAAAAUAGAGCUAAUAAUGAUAAUACGUAUUAUUUAUGUGUAUUCUAACUAUUCCAACCAGAAAUUGUUGAAAUUAUAAAAGCUUUCGAAAAAAUUAUA